UCAGUGUCCCCCGGUUGACUCGUUGCUUUGUUCGAGGGUGGAGCUAGCUCACUCGGUACUCCAUACCGUCAGCGAGAUGCAUACAGAAGGCGCCCGAGAUGAAGUCACCAUCCGUGUCCAUGUCGACCGUCACUCCGGCGGAGUUAACGAACAUUAUUAAUGAUGCUCGUUGAUACUCCGUACGGUCGCCAGAAAGGCGGGUUCCAAAUCCAGGUGCAAUUUCUCCCUCCCGCGCCAGUGUAUAAUAGUCAAUUGCUCGGCAGCACCUUGUUUGUCGUCUUGCUCAGUGAGGUUUGGCAGUCCUCUGCGUUUCUUCCUAGAACUUCGUCACCUUUGAAUUUGUUCUCUUCUUUCCUUUCCAGCACAUCAAAUUCAUUCGACAGAACAAGUGCCAUCAAUCUUUUGAGACCUUGACAUAUUUUCACUAUGUGGGGGAGUGGUGUCGAUGGCGAUGCCCUUCGAAGGGCUGAAUCGUCCAUGCAAACGCACCAGCCGCAACCCGAAGACGAGCGAUAUGUAGCCGAUGGUGGUGAAGGGACGUGGGGGGAGCGUCGAGUGGAAGACGUGACCGAAGAUGAAGCACUCCACGAAUAUGAGGCUCUCCGGCACAAUCUCAUGCAACUACACAAGAGCAGGACUGGCGGAUCACAACAUAGUCGGCCUCUCACAGCAACGAGAAGCAGAUCGAGCGCUGUCCCAUCGAGAGCGGAUCAAUCGCGGAGGUCAAUGCGCGAACCUGAUGUCGAAGCUGGCCGCCACGUUUCCGAGAAGGACGAACGCGACGAGGAGGGCAACGCUGGCGAUGACGACAACGACGAAGAUGACGCCGAUUUCGAGCUCGGCGCGUUCAUGCGCGAGGGGUACUUCGAGAAGCGGACAGACGAGGCUGGCUCCAUGAAAAAGGUCGGCCUCAUGUUUGAGAAUCUGACAGUCAAGGGCACUGGUAGCAAGGCCACUUUCGUGCGAACAGUGCCGGACGCCAUCAUAGGCACAUUUGGACCCGACCUGUACAAGCUGUUGGCCAGGUUCGUCCCCUUCCUCCGUCCCAAGGGCAUGCAGACGCGUACUCUGAUCCACGAUUUCACCGGCUGCGUCCGUGACGGCGAGAUGAUGCUCGUCCUCGGCCGGCCUGGCUCUGGCUGCAGUACCUUUCUGAAGACAGUCAGCAACAAUCGCGAGUCAUACGCCUCGGUGGGGGGCAAUGUCUCCUACGGCGGCAUCGACGCCCAAAAGCAGAAGAAGCUGUACCGAGGUGAGGUCGUCUACAACGAUGAAGACGACAUUCACUUUGCGACCCUCAGCGUGUGGCGGACUCUGACUUUUGCCCUCAUGAACAAGAGCAAGAAGGCGGUCAAGGAGGAUAUUCCGGUCAUCGCCAAUGCCCUCAUGAAGAUGUUUGGCAUCAGCCACACCAAGUAUACCCAAGUCGGCGAUGAAUACACGCGCGGUGUCUCGGGUGGUGAGAGGAAACGUGUUUCCAUUGCCGAGACUCUUGCAUCCAAAGCGGCCGUCAUUGCUUGGGAUAACUCAACCCGAGGCCUCGACGCGUCGACCGCGCUCGAUUACGCCAGGUCACUGCGUAUCAUGACCGAUGUGAGCAACCGAACGACGCUCGUGACCCUGUACCAGGCGGGUGAGGGCAUCUACGAGACCAUGGACAAGGUGUUGGUCAUUGACGACGGCCGCCAAAUCUUCUCGGGCCCCGCCAGCAAAGCGAAGCAGUACUUCAUCGACCUUGGCUUCGAGUGCCCCGAACGUCAGACGACCGCCGACUUCUUGACCGCUGUCACGGAUCCCAACGAGCGUCGCUUCCGGCCUGGAUUCGAGAAAUCUGCGCCCAAGACAGCCGAGGAGCUGGAAAGAGCCUUCCGCGAGUCGCCCAACUACCAGGAGAUGCUCGAAGAUCUCGAAUCGUACAAGCGAAGCCUGCAUGAUUCGGACUUUCAGCACACCAAGGAUUUCGAAGGUGCCGUGCAAGAGUCCAAGUCUAAGCACGUGUCCGAGAAAUCGCCAUACACCGUGCCCUUUUACAAGCAGGUUAUGGCUUGCACCAAGCGCGAAGGAUGGCUUCUCCUCGCUGAUACGGCCACACUUUGGACCAAGCUCUUCAUCAUCAUAUCCAACGGUCUCAUUGUCGGAUCCCUCUUCUACGGCCAGCCCUCGAACACCGAGGGUGCGUUCACCCGCGGUGGUACUGUCUUCUUCUCGAUCCUGUUCCUGGGUUGGCUGCAGCUCUCCGAGCUGAUGAAGGCCGUCUCUGGUCGCGCCAUUGUCAAGCGCCAUGAGGACUAUGCCUUCUACCGCCCCUCGGCCGUGUCCCUCGCUCGUGUUCUUCUGGAUUUCCCUGUCGUCUUGUUUCAGACCAUGAUCUUCGGCAUCAUCAUGUACUGGAUGACCGGUCUGUCGGCAGACGCGGGCAAGUUCUUUAUCUACAUGCUCUUCAUCUUCACCACGACCAUGAUGGUCACGGCGCUGUACCGCAUGUUUGCCAGCUUUUCGCCCGAAAUCGAUACCGCUGUUCGCUUUUCUGGCAUUGCGUUGAACCUGUUGAUCAUUUUCACCGGCUAUGUCAUUCCCAAGACUCAACUCUUGGGCAAGUACAUUUGGUUCGGCUGGCUAUACUGGGUGAACCCCAUCAGCUACAGCUUUGAGGGUGUGCUGACCAACGAGCUUGUCGGAAAGACCAUGGAGUGCGCGCCCAGCCAACUGAUCCCUCAAGGCCCAGGAGCCGACCCUCAAUACCAAGGCUGCGCCAUUGCCGGCGCUGGUGUCAACGGUCAAUCAGUGACCGGUGCUGAUUAUCUGCAGGCGCAGUACAACUACAGCCGCUCCAAUCUGUGGCGCAAUUUCGGCGUGCUCAUCGCCUUCUCCGUGCUUUACAUUCUCAUCACAGUCUUUGCGACUGAGGUGAUCAACUUUGCGCAGGGCGGCGGUGGCGCUCUGCUUUUCAAGAAGACUCGCAAGUCUGCGAAGCAAGCGCAAAAGGCAGCCGCGCCAGCUGACGAGGAGAACUCGAACAGCUCUGCGUCAACUGUUGUGGCCGACAAUGCUAGUGUCGCUUCUGAAGAGGCUCUCGAGCAGCUGACGGAGAGCAAGUCGAUCUUCACGUGGCGCGAUCUGGAGCUGUCUGUGCCGUACAUGGGUGGACAGCGCAAAUUGCUCAACAAGGUCAACGGGUACGCCAAGCCUGGUGUCAUGGUCGCACUGAUGGGUGCUUCUGGUGCGGGAAAGACGACGCUUCUGAACACGCUGUCGCAGCGUCAAAACAUAGGUGUUGUCUCUGGCGAGAUGCUCGUCGACGGUCAGGCUCUUGGGGCAGACUUUCAGCGUAACACGGGCUUUUGCCUCCAAGGCGACCUCCACGACCACACGCAGACUGUUCGCGAGGCCAUCGAGUUCUCCGCGCUGCUUCGCCAAGACGCUGCCACUCCUCGCGCGGAGAAGAUUGCGUAUGUUGACAAGAUUAUCGGCUUGCUUGAGUUGAACGACCUGGAAGAUGCUAUUGUCGCUUCUCUGGGUGUCGAACAGCGCAAGCGGUUGACCAUUGGUGUGGAGCUAGCUGCGAAGCCAGCUCUCCUGCUCUUUCUUGAUGAGCCUACCUCCGGUCUUGACUCCCAGUCAGCCUACUCCAUUGUUCGUUUCCUGAAGAAGCUCAGUCAUGCUGGUCAAGCGAUCAUCUGUACCAUCCACCAGCCAAGCAGCGUCCUUAUCGAGCAGUUCGACAUGGUCCUUGCCUUGAACCCCGGUGGUAACACCUUCUACUUCGGCCCCAUGGGGGAGAACGGACAAGAGGUGACAAAGUACUUUGCUAACCGCGGCGCCGUCUGCCCUCCCAACAAGAAUGUCGCCGAGUUCAUCCUUGAGACGGCCGCGCGACCCCACAAGCGAGAGGAUGGCACAAAAGUCGACUGGAACGAGGAGUGGGCCCGGAGUCCUGAGGCGCAAGCUGUUCUCGAGGAAAUCGACGGCCUCAAGCAGACUCGCAGCCGCGCCGUCGCUGAUGAGCCAGGUAAAAACGAUGGCAAGGGCGCUGCCGAGUUCGCUGCUCCGGUUGCUGUCCAAACAAUCGAGUUGACGAAGCGCAUGUUCAGGCAGUACUGGCGCGAUCCUUCGUACAUGUACGGCAAGCUCUUCAUCUCGGUGAUCAUGGGUAUCUUCAACGGCUUCACCUUUUGGCAACUCGGGUACAGCAUCCAGGACAUGCAGAACCGCAUGUUCACUUGCUUCCUCAUCGUCACCAUCCCCCCAACCAUUGUCAAUGGUGUCGUGCCCAAGUUUUACACCAACCUGGCACUGUGGCAGGCUCGCGAGUAUCCAUCUCGCAUCUAUGGCUGGGUCGCAUUCUGCACUGCCAAUAUUGUCGCCGAGAUUCCGGGUGCAAUCGUUUCCAGCGUGUUGUAUUGGGUGCUCUGGUACUGGGCAACGGGCCUGCCUGCUGAGAGCUCUGUAUCAGGCUACGUCUUCUUGAUGACCCUAUUGAUGUUCUUUUUCAUGAACAGCUGGGGGCAGUGGAUCUGUGCUUUUGCGCCCAACUUCACUGUCAUCUCCAAUGUUUUGCCUUUCUUCUUCGUCAUGUUCGGUCUCUUUAACGGAGUCGUACGUCCAUACGCAUCGCUCCCUGUCUUCUGGAAGUACUGGAUGUACUACGUCAAUCCUUCGACGUACUGGGUCGGUGGCAUCCUCGCUGCGACCCUCCAUGAUCAGCCCGUGGAGUGUUCCUCGCUAGAGACCGCCAUGUUUGAUGCCCCGCCUGGCCAGACCUGCCAGAGGUAUGCUGGAUCGUUUGCUGAGCAAGCGGGUGGCUAUCUGUUGAACCCUGAUGCGACCAGCGGGUGCCAAUACUGUCCAUAUGGUUCCGGUGACCAGUAUUUGCAGACCCUCAAUAUUCAGGCGAGUGAGAAGUGGAGAGACUUUGGUAUCUUCCUCGCCUUUUGCAUCUCGAACUGGGCGCUUGUUUACUUUUUCAUUUAUACCGUCCGAGUCAAGGGCUGGAGCUUUGGUUUCGGAUAUGUUUUUGGUGGUCUCGGAAAGGCGGUCGACAAAGUCAAGAAGUCGCUGCAGCGCAAGAAGGAGGAGUAGAACUUGGCGAACCCGGAGUUGGCAGAGAACAGCGACAGAAUCUGCUUCGUAGCGAGCAUUAUAACAUGAUAAUAUUGCAACAUAUGCGCAUUUCGACC